AUGAAAGGCAUAACGCUUCUACUUUUAUGUGCAGUAGCUGCAGCUCAGGCGAACGAUAGAAUAAUUCCCAGGAGAAACUUAAUCCUUGAGAAGAAGAUAGAAAAAGACGGACAAGAUGGCUUCAGCAGUGGAAAUCAAGAGGCAGAAAAAGUCCCCAAACAAGUAUUUAGAGUAAACAGCGAUCCUAGCCAAGCUCCUGCCAUCUGCGCCGCUGAAGGUUCAGAUGCAGUGUUGGUCGCUCAUGAAAAUUGUAAUCAAUUCUAUAAAUGCUACAGAGGAGAACCUGCAGCUUUGGACUGUCCGCCAAAUCUUCUCUACAAUCCAGAAAGGGAAUAUUGUGACUGGGAAUGGAAUGUCGACUGUAGCAACCGAAUUAAACCAGAUGAUAUAAGCGGUGGAAACCCUAACGAAGAUAAAGGCCCCGACCAUCUAUCGGGAGGAAACAGUGAUCCUAGCCAAGCUCCUGCCAUUUGCGCCGCUGAAGGUUCAAAUGGCGUGUUGGUCGCUCAUGAAAAUUGCAAUCAAUUCUAUAAAUGCUACAGAGGAGAACCUGCAGCAUUGGAUUGUCCGCCAAAUCUUCUCUACAAUCCAGACAAGGAAUAUUGUGACUGGUCUUGGAAUGUUGAUUGUGGCAACAGAGUAAUUCCUAGUGAAAAACUUAUUGCUGAGAAGGAAUUGGGUCAAGACGUUCGAUCGCAAUCUCCUGGAGAACCUGCAGCAUUGGAUUGUCCGCAAAAUCUUCUCUACAAUCCAGAAAGGGAAUAUUGUGACUGGGAGUGGAAUGUCGACUGUAGCAACCGAAUUAAACCAGAUGAUAUAAGCGGUGGAAACCCCAAUGAAGAUAAAGACCCUGACCAAGUAUCUGGAGGAAACAGCGAUCCUAGCCAAGCUCCUGCCAUUUGCGCCGCUGAAGGUUCAGAUGGCGUGUUGAUCGCUCAUGAAAAUUGCAAUCAAUUCUAUAAAUGCUUUGGUGGAGAACCUGCAGCAUUGGAUUGUCCGCAAAAUCUUCUCUAUAAUCCAGAAAGGGAAUAUUGUGACUGGGAGUGGAAUGUCGACUGUAGCAACCGAAUUAAACCAGAUGAUAUAAGCGGCGGAAAGCCUAACGAAGACAAAGGCCCCGAGCAAGUAUCUGGAGGAAACAGCGAUCCUAGCCAAGCUCCUGCUAUUUGCGCCGCUGAAGGUUCAGAUGGCGUGUUGGUCGCUCAUGAAAAUUGUAAUCAAUUCUAUAAAUGCUACAGAGGAGAACCUGCAGCAUUGGACUGUCCGCAAAAUCUUCUCUACAAUCCAGAAAGGGAAUAUUGUGACUGGGAGUGGAAUGUCGACUGUAGCAACCGAAUUAAACCAGAUGAUAUAAGCGGUGGAAACCCCAAUGAAGAUAAAGACCCCGACCAAGUAUCUGGAGGAAACAGUGAUCCUAGCCAAGCUCCUGCCAUUUGCGCCGCUGAAGGUUCAGAUGGUGUUUUGGUCGCUCAUGAAAAUUGUAAUCAAUUUUAUAAAUGCUACAGAGGAGAACCUGCAGCAUUGGAUUGUCCGCAAAAUCUUCUCUACAAUCCAGAAAGGGAAUAUUGUGACUGGGAGUGGAAUGUCGACUGUAGCAACCGAAUUAAACCAGAUGAUAUAAGUGGUGGAAAACCUAACGAAGACAAAGGCCCCGAGCAAGUAUCUGGAGGAAACAGUGAUCCUAGCCAAGCUCCUGCCAUCUGCGCCGCUGAAGGUUCAGAUGGUGUUUUGGUCGCUCAUGAAAAUUGUAAUCAAUUCUAUAAAUGCUACAGAGGAGAACCUGCAGCAUUGGAUUGUCCGCAAAAUCUUCUCUACAAUCCAGAAAGGGAAUAUUGUGACUGGGAGUGGAAUGUCGACUGUAGCAACCGAAUUAAACCAGAUGAUAUAAGCGGUGGAAACCCCAAUGAAGAUAAAGACCCCGACCUAGUAUCUGGAGGAAACAGCGAUCCUAGCCAAGCUCCUGCUAUUUGCGCCGCUGAAGGUUCAGAUGGCGUGUUGGUCGCUCAUGAAAAUUGUAAUCAAUUUUAUAAAUGUUUUGGUGGAGAACCUGCAGCAUUGGAUUGUCCACAAAAUCUUCUCUACAAUCCAGAAAAGGAAUAUUGUGACUGGGAUUGGAAUGUUAACUGUGGCAACAGAGUUAUUCCUAGCGAAAAAAAUGUAG